UACAGGCCUUGUUUCCUGCAAUGAUACCAAACUGAUGCCGAAUGGAACAUUCCCAUUGACAGCUCUAGCAAGUUUUCCAGGUUCUGGUAAUACAUGGAUGAGACAUCUUAUAGAGACAUCAACCGGAUACGCUACGGGUGAUAUGUAUCUAAGCUACAUACUCGUCAAUGCAGGUACCCUUCACACCCGCUCCUUUUCCACACCCUAUUUUCUUAAUUUUUCUGUAUUUUCCCCAAUGCUGUUUUCGACAGGUUUUAUAGGUGGAAAGGUUCCAACCUUCUCUGGGAGAACUUUGACAAUCAAGUCACAUGUUUUUCAUCCUAAAAUGGAUAGUGCUAUUUUGAUUGUACGUAAUCCAUACCGAGCAAUGGUGGCCGAGUUUAACAGACAGAAAUCGAAUAAGACUGGAUUUGCAUACGACGGCGAGUUCAAAACAGAAGGUAAAUUUAUAUUCAAUAGGUUAUUCAACCUUGGAUAUUUAGAAUGCGGGAUUGGUACACUAUGCAGUACGUGCAAGAACGAUAGCAAGACCGAUAUCUGCCGAAGAGAAAUCGCGGGAGAAAUAGGAUGGAGUAAUUUUGUCAAGGAUGAAGCCCCGAAAUGGUUUAAUCUCUACGAGAAAUAUAUCUCAGAAUGCAACCACUUGGGCCACACCUGCAAGUCUAUGUUAAUCGUGUACUAUGAACAACUCCAACUACACCUUAAGGAUGAAUUGCGACGAAUAUUGAAUUAUCUUAACGUCACGAUUGAUGAACAAAGACUUGCAUGUACAGUAAGAAAUUCAGAGGGACAAUUUCACAGACCAAAAUUGGACAAAACUCUGGAUCCGUUUUCACAGGUAGAUAGGAGUCCCGUGGAGGAAUCUUUGAAAAAAUAUCUUGAUUUGAUUGAUCAGGAGGGCUUGGAGAAACCACCAUUAGAACUAAGCUCAUUUCCUAAUGAUAUUUAAUAUUGUAGAACCAAGGCAUUUCAUUUUUUUUCCAACAGGGAACAUAGUCUUAACAUCGAUAAGCGGUCAUGACCAAGCGCGCGUAGCUAGGAUUUAAUUUUGGAGGGGAUGGUAAGUGAACACGAAGCGUGCCAACAAAGGGAGGCUGGGAGGCCUAGGAGUUCCCGCGCGAAGUUUUCAAUGUGUCAUCAAAUUCAAAC